CCCCCUCAAAUCACCCGUUCGCCGUGCGGCCGUGCCCGCUAGUUCCGCCGCUCGCCUACCUCGACACGCUAGCCAAUGGCGGCCGCCAUGCCGAGCGCCAGCCUCCUACGUCUUGGCUUCCGCCGGGUCUCCUCUCUGGUGUUCCAGGCGCCUCCGUGCUCGGCCCCGAGCCUGGGCCCGAACCUGGCCGUUGGCCGUGCCGGAUUGGUACGCCUCCGCUGCUCAGCGGCCGGGGCCGGCGAUGACGGGGGCAAGAAGGUGUCGGCGCGGCUGGCGCUGACGCAGCAGGUGCUUUGCGACGCCGAGGAGCGUGCCGCGUCGGCAGGUUCUGACCCCGCCCCAAAGAUCACCCUGGAUCAUGUUACUGUUAAUUUUGCAAGAAGUGGUGGCCCUGGUGGUCAGAAUGUUAAUAAAGUGAAUACAAAGGUUGACAUGCGAUUCAAUGUUAAAGAAGCUCACUGGCUUGGAGAGAGAAUCAAGGAACAAAUAUUACAAGCAGAAAAGAAUAGGAUAAAUAAAGACGGGGAGCUUGUGAUAUCUUCAACAAAAACAAGAACACAGAAGGGCAACAUUGAAGAUGCUUUGCAGAAGAUACAGGCAAUUAUUGAUGCUGCAUCAUAUGUUCCUCCGCCCCCUACAGAAGAGCAGAAGAAAAAGAUAGAAAAAAUUGCUGCAGUUGCUGAAAGGAAGAGACUUCAGAAUAAGAAAGUGCUUUCACAGAAGAAGGAAUUUAGACGGAACAGAACUAGCUGGGAUUGAUGGAACGUACCUUGCAUAAAUCGGCUCUGUUUCCUGCCAUUCCCCAGCGGAGCUGGUGAACAUUUGAGCGUGCUAAGUGGUUAAUACUGGUGUUUUCUUCCUAAUCUCUUUCUUGAUGGUUUAAAAGUUAGUAUGAAUACCUUAUUGAUUCAGAUGGGCUGGGUGUCUGACAAAUGUCUUUUGCUUAGCUUGUUCUUGGAUGUAGCAAAGCAUUUGGUGGUGUACAAUGUACAUAAAUCGACAAAUAAAAACAAGAGUCGGACUGUUGAAGGCAUCUUGGUGAAGAAGAAAGCUAGGCAUUGCCAGUUUUUGUUUCGUCCAUUGGGGACCGGCCUCUGACGGGAAACACUGCUUCGGUCCUGAAACACUAUACACGCCAGUCGUCCUGGUCCUGAAGACCUGAACUUAUCAAAUAGAUAGUACUCACGUGUAACUGAGCACCCAUAUGUAAAACUGUAACAAUUUCUUUUUGGACGACGUAAGGCUGUAACAAUUUCUUUUUGAGGACUUGAAACUGUAAGAAUUCUUCUUAUUAGCCAAAUUCUAAGCGACGCCCGUUGAAGACCUC